AUGGAGGAUCGUCUUGUGUUGCAAUUACCACCGUCGUUGGCUUCGCGGCUGGACCGGGUGCUGCGAGAAGAGCUCGCCGGCGCCACUGACGUCGCUAUGGAGCUCUUAUUUCAAGGUAGGUCGCACUUCCCCUUCCCCAAAGGUCGCACCUGUCCUUUCGCCCAGGUCAUACCUCCCCUUUCCCCCAGGUCGCACUUCCCCUCCCCCCAGGUCGCACUCCCCGUUCCCCUUCACAGAAUAUCCCUCUCACUCCCUCACAAUGCACUACCCUUCCCUUCCCUUCGCUUCCAUUCCCCUCCAAUCCCUUCUAUUCCCCCCACUUCCCUCUCCUUCCCUUCCCUUCUUUCGUCCUCCCUGCACUUCCCUUCCCCUAUCCUCCCUUCCCUUUCCUUCCUUUCUUUUGUCCUCCCUGCACUUCCCUUCCUCUCUCCUCCCUUCCCUUCCCUUCCGUUCCCUUCCAUUCCCUUCCAUUCGCGUCUAUUCACCUCCCUGCCUCCCCUUUUUUCUCCCUGCCUCCCCAUCUCUCCUCCCUGCAUCACCAUGGUGCAGCAGCAGGCGCAAGAGCACAUAGAGGAGCUGUGGCACUAA